CUUCCCUGUCGGCUACGCCGACGAACUUAUAUUCAAGGCGAUUAAACAUAUUUUUCAUUGCUAACAGAAUAUUCGAUCAACAUGUCUGGACGUGGUAAAGGAGGAAAGGGAUUGGGAAAGGGAGGCGCCAAGCGUCAUCGCAAAGUUUUGCGUGACAACAUCCAGGGUAUCACCAAGCCAGCCAUCCGUCGUUUAGCACGCCGUGGUGGUGUCAAGCGUAUCUCUGGACUCAUCUACGAAGAGACCCGUGGUGUCUUGAAGGUGUUCCUCGAGAAUGUCAUCCGUGACGCAGUCACCUACACCGAGCACGCCAAGAGGAAGACCGUCACCGCCAUGGAUGUCGUCUAUGCUUUGAAACGUCAAGGCCGCACUCUGUACGGAUUCGGCGGUUAAGCAAACUUCUCAUUGAGACAAACAAACGGUCCUUUUCAGGACCAACAAAUAUCAAUGAAAAGCUAUGCCAAUAAGGUCGAAUUAUUAGACGUCUGCUGGCCACUAUAUGAGCAUCCCCGAAUAAAAACAAAACCUAUUAUAUUGGAACCUAUAGCUUGUGCGUCUGUUUAACUCAUUAUUUUACAUACGCCUUUUAAUCGUUUCAAAAUAAAUUCAAAGUUUUAGGCGAACAAGUCCCCCGUGUAAUAGCAACAAUGUACACAGAUGCCUAAUCUACCCUGAGAGAAAGUACAGUAAAGAUAGCUUGCUCACUAUACCUUUUCGUGUGUUGGCUUUACAGUGCGGUAUUGCUGAUGUGGGCUAUAUACUGCACAGAAAGCUCUUUUUGGUCUGAAAAGCUGUAAGCCACUUUCUACUAGACUGUCGUCAUCAAUAAAAGAAAAAAGUACUAUUUCAUACUCUCGAUACGGCUUUUCAAUGAUCACUGACAGAUCUCCCGUAGAAAAAAAUCAACUUACGCUUUUGCAACGAACUUCUAGGUGUACAUACUAGACCAAAGAUGUGAUAAAAACUCUAUCCAGAAGUUUAGGGAAAGAUUCAGGGACAGAAUAACACAAGAAUGACAGAGAGAGAGAGAGAGAAAUAACCAACACCAAGUCCAAAUUGCAAUUUUAUUGUCAAUACAAGAACAAAUAUGUGAAGGAAAGAUAGCUUAGAUACAAUUAAAGAUAGAGAUAAAUACACCACUUUAACUCGAUUCCGCAUAAGUGCACACAACCUAUAGGUAUGGAAACAGGUAGACAUGAAAGAAUUUCUCAAGCAGAGAGAAUUUGCAAAAAGUGUGAUUCUGGGAAAAUAGAAGAUGAAAUCCAUUUCCUAGUGUCUUGCCCUCUUUAUGCAGAUCUCCGAUAUGAUCUUUAUUCACUGUACAAAAGACAAUAUAGUAACUUUGAGCAUCUUACCAGAAUGGAUAAAUUUAUAACACUAAUGACUGGUUAGAAGAAUGAACAUAUAUGGCCACUUAGGCUCUGCCAAAUAUGUUUUGCUUUUUUUCUUACAAGUAGUCAUACUAUAUCACUAUGUAAAAUAAUUGAUAUUUAUUUAUAAUUGCAUUCCUAUAGUACAUUUUCAUCUACCAUGAUGUAGAUGCAUACGAUGCAAUGAAUAAAGCAAAGCAUAUAUAUGAAAACAAGCCGGCAAUACCGAAAUCUAGAGCUUAAGGUGGCCUAAUCCCAAUCCAGUCAGCUUCAUGCUAUGUCAGCAAAUUGAGCUGGGUACAAUGGAUCGUCAUCAGCAAUAAGUGCUAAGGUAACCACUUACAACAGAUAAUAAAUCGCCCUGGGUAGGGUGAAUCUAUCUAUUAAAAGUAGACUCUUACCUGUCGCAAAACAAACUCAACAUAAAAGAGAACAUCCUGAGAUUUCAAGCCUCUAAGCUACUACUAUUCUUGACAAAACCAUUGACUACCUUAUAACAGAAUUGAUUUCGUUUAACAAAUCGUUCAAUGCAAUCAUUAAGCAAUCAAACACGGUCCAUUUCAAGGAGAGGAGACAAGAUUUCACUUAAUUUUCACCAACUAAACAAUCAUUAAUUAAUUGAUAAUGCUGUUAUUGUGAAAUCUAAUUCUGUCUUAGCAAAGUUAAGUAAACUGACAGAGCCCAUGAAAUAAUCUAUAACGAAAUUUUGAUAUCUUAUUCAGUACAAACAGAAUGGAAGAAAAUCACGGUGAAAUUGUCUU